GUGUCCCGCCAUGUUCCGCCAAGUUCCACCGUGUCCCCUCCGUGUCUCGUGCUUCCUGCCGUGUCUCAUCGCGUCCCGCCCAGUUCCACCCUGUCCCGCCGCGUCCCUCCGUGUCCCACAGCCUGGUCUCUGUCCCCCCAGGAGGAUGUCGGACGGCCUGUUCCUCAGGAAGUGCCGGGAGGUGGCUGAGGACUUCAAAGACAUCAAGUUCACAGAGAUGUACCUGGACACCGUCUGCCUCAACAUGGUCCAGGACCCCUCGCAGUUCGACGUGCUCGUCAUGCCAAACCUGUACGGAGACAUCCUCAGCGACCUGUGCGCCGGGCUGAUCGGAGGACUGGGAGUUACGCCCAGCGGCAACAUCGGCGCCAACGGAGUGGCCAUCUUUGAGUCGGUGCACGGCACGGCCCCGGACAUCGCGGGUCAGGACCUGGCCAAUCCCACGGCUCUGCUGCUGAGCGCCGUCAUGAUGCUGCGGCACAUGGGUCUGCAGGAGACGGCCGGCCGCAUCCAGACGGCCUGCUUCCACACCAUCCGGGACCGCCAGGUGCUGACGAAGGAUCUGGGAGGAAACGCUAAAUGUUCCGAGUUCACAGCGGAGAUCUGUCGUCGUAUUCAGGAUCUGGACUGAAGGCGGCGGGCCUGGGAGCGAGGCCUCUGCUGAGAGGGGGCGGGGCUUUGCUCUUACUUCCUGUGUGGUCAACAUUCACAGCUGACAUUCGCACAACUGUACCUCUACUGCCUGGGUCCCGGAGGGAGCCAAUCAGAAGCUCCCUCUGCUGCAGACACACCCACUCUUAUUUAUUGUUUCUACUUUGAUACGACAUCUGACUGCGACAAUAAACACGUCUCUGCAA